AUGCCAUUUCAACUUUUCCAAGAGCUACAUCAGCAAUUCCAAGAGCUAUGUCAGCAGCUUAUGCUCUCCAGAAACAUGCAACUUCUUUCCUUUGCUUACAUGACAGUGGCUUCGUCAUUACAAGAUUUUCCUUUGGCAGACUCUAAUUCUUCAUCUUCCUCGUCAUCCUCUUCGAAAGAUGACUCUAUUGCCACACUGAUUCAACAGGAUCAAGACGAAUGCUAUGAGAUUAUUAAUUCAGUGAGGCCAGAGAUAGUUAAGCGAUUCAAGAUGCGACGAGAACUUUUUCUUUAUAUCCUUAAUGAUGUCAAAGCUUAUGGUUGUUUGGGGUUGUUUUUUAUACAAAAGAUGAUAACUGUUGUUCGUAUACUCGCAUAUGGUUGUGCAACUGAUCACUAUGAUGAGUAUAUUAAAAUCGGCGAGAGCACUGCCAUUAAAUGCUUAAAGGCAUUUUGUAAUGCUAUUGUUGCUGUGUAUGUAGAGGAGUAUAUGUGCCCACCCAACGAAGCCGACAUAACACGGCUGCUUGAAGAAGGGGAGCAGAGAAGGUUUCUAGGUAUGCUUGGUUCUAUUGACUGUAUGCACUGGGAGUGGAAGAAUUGCCCAGUGGAGUGGCACGGCACACAUAGGGGAUGCUAUGGUAAUAAUACUCUCAUAUUGGAAGCAAUUGCCUCACAAGAUUUGUGGAUCUGA